UAAAUAAUAUAUAUCAAUACGUAUAUAGCGAUUCGAUCCGAUUCCGAUUCCGAUCCCGAUGAAGACCCGCCAACUGCCGCUGCCGACGACGACGACGGCCUCGUUCCGGGCGAAGCAGCGGGAUGUGGGCGGCCGGCUGGGCGGGAUGCCCUGCGAGCGGGAGCGGAAGCACGAGGCGGCCAAGAGGGAGCGGGAGGAGCAGCUGAAGCGGGAGCGGGAGAGGGAACGGGCCACGGCAGCGGCUUCAGCGGCAGCAUCGGCGGCGGUGGCCACAGCGGCACAGCGGGUGCGCCAGCGGAUGGGAGCGGACAAGGAUCCCGCCAAGCGGAGGACAUCGCAUCCCAGGGAGCGACAACAGGCACUCGGCAGAGCAUACGGACCCGGAGGAGCAUCAGGUGCAGCUGCAGCAGUCGGAAAUCGCACAGGAAGAGGACCAAAAAGAGAGGCACUUACACCGAAGUUCGUGGAGCAGCACGAUCAGGAUCAGGAUCCGGAGAACGACCAGGAUGAUGCCUAUGAUGCCAAGGCCGAGCAGCUGAAGAAUCAACUGGAGGAGCUGGCCGCGAUGUCGGAACACGAAUUCGAGGUGAAAUUCCGGCAGUGGCUCGACCAGGAGGGGAUUGCUCGGGAAAUGCACUCUCAUCUGCGGGUGGAACUCAUUCACUGCUUCAACAACACGGCUCUGGGCCAGUUGCUGAGCAAGGCCGCCGGAGUCCAGAUGGCCCACUCGCACUCCCUGCUCCUCUCUCCGCUGGCGAUGAUGCUGCACACUCUGGUGGCGGAGUUCCUGCACUCCCAGAACUGCCACUUCACCCUGUCGGUCUUCUGCAGCGAGACGCCGCAUCGCCACAAGUUGCCCGACUUUGGCAGUCGUCCGGAGUUCCGAUUUCAGACGGAGGAACUGCAGCAGGUCCUCACCGCCGUGCUAGGUGGACAGGGGGAUGGGGAGGGGGAAGGGGAAGGGGAGGAGCCAAUACAGGAUCCGGAACUGGAACAGAUAGUGGUGGCCCACUACGAGGAGGAUCUGGCCGGCCAGACGCAGUGCUUGCUGCUGGCUCUAGUGCGAUCGCUGGUGGAGAUCAGGAGGUCCUUUCCCGUUCAGAGGAGGGAGGAGCAGGAGGGGGAGAAGGACCAAGAAAGGGAACCAGUGAAGGAGCAGCAGAAGGAGCAGAAGAAGGAGCAGGAGAAGGAGCAGGUGAAGGAGGAGCCCCCCAUUCCAGUGAUCCUGCAAGAUUCCUCCUGUCAAACCGACCCGGCUGCCUGCCUGGAAGCCCGUCCCGAGGUGGACACCAGUGACCUCUACCAGACGGAGGAGCACGAGCUGGUCCUGGGCGCUGACGGCCGGAGUGUCUUCGUGGGCGCCCGCGUCUCCCAGUCGCUGCACUCCGUGGAGCAGCAACUGGGCCAGCUGAUGAAGAACGUCCGCCAGCUGGCCAAGUCCUGUGCCCCGCCCGUCGAGGUGAUAUCCUCCACAGGCUUCGAGGAGCUGCUGAAACGGGAGCUGCGCGAACGGGAGCGCCUCACGAAGGCGGGACAGGCCUUCAAUCCCGGCGAGACGGUCACCAAGCUGGCAGGAGGCGUCGACGAGAGGGAGGUGGAGGAGGAGGAGGAGGAGCCGGUGGCGGGGGACGAUGUGGUCUACUCCGAUUUGGGGCCCAUCCAGUUGCCCGUGCUGGGCGUGGCCAUUCCCCGCCUGCCGCGCCUCCAUCCGGAGCAGCUGGCCAGCCUGGCCGUCAUCCGGCAAUCCCUCGAAAAGGUCCAGAGGAAGGCCCGCCGGCCGCAGGGCAGGAUGUACGUGUCCGUGGAGCGAAUGGAGACCCUGGUGGGCGACGUCUGCGGCUGCGUCCAGCUGCUGGGCAACGUGCUCAAUCUCUCCAUGGAGCAGGAGCACGCCGUCGGUCUGCACAAGGGCUUCCAGAGGGGCUAUCGCGAGGGCUUCGCCCAUGGCCACUUCAUGGGUCUGCAGGAGGGCCAGCAGCAGGAGCAGUUCGAGCGGAAGAAGCGGGAACGGCCACCGCCGGAGCGGGAGGAUUGCUCCGUCCAGGUGGAACAGCUGCCCACGACAAGUAGGGCCAUCCAAACCACGACGCAGUCAUCGACCAGGACGAGUGUCCACACCCAAACGGAUCGGAAGCACCUGGUGGACGCAUGGAGUCAGGCGGACCUGCGGACGGAGUCGCAGCCAAAGUCCUACGAACAGUGGAUCCACGAGAUGCUGAACAGCUCCAGUGGCCAGGUGUUCCUCGAGCGGGUGGAGCUAUCGCUGAACAAGGCUCUGGAGCUGCAGAAGGAGCGGCUGGACGAGCUCUACCAGGUGAAGCUGCGCCACCAGGCCGAGAUGCUGCGGCUCAGCAGGCGGCAGAACUCCUGGCGGACACUGUGCAAACGCGUGGAGCGGGACUCGCAGUCGUCGGUGGAGGCGCGGGAUCUGGUGCAGAAGAUAUUCCGGCUGCUGGAGCACUACGAGUCGCACCACCACCAGCUGGCGGAGAAGAUCCAGCAGACGGAGAUCGCGGCGGAGCAGGCGGCCCGCAUUCUGCCCAUGUGGACGGAGGGAUCGGUGAAGGGCACUGCUCCUGGCAACUGGAACUCCGCCAUGUCGUCCACGCUCACUUCCAGUGGGAUCUGCACCCCGGUUCCAGAUCGAAUCGCCAUCGAAGCGGCUGCAGUGGAGGUGGAUAGGCCCCAGGAGGAUAGGGCAUUGGUGGAGCACCCAUAUCCCGGUCUAGGCUAUCCCUGUCAAUUGCUGGCCCUGGCUCCUCCAGGUGGAAUUCCAGUGGCAGGCACCUUGGUGUCCGUGAUUCCCCGACUUUCUGGUACUUUCCCCAAGGAUCCUGGUCUUCCUCUCCCGCUGGUGACCACUUCCAGGACCAAUAAUGAUCCACCAACUGUAGCCAGAUCUGUUCCUGCUGCAGAAGCCACUGUGGCUCAUCCAAUCCCCAGCAAUAGCAAUCCUCAAGCUGCGGAAGUGGCCAUAUCCUGGGAUUAUGCCCGUGAAGUUCCUGCAUCCAUUGAUUCACUACCUCCGGAAAAUAUUCCCAGAGACACUGUGCCUGUGCCACCAGGACCUCCUCCUCCUGAUCCCCCGAAGCCUUCAAUGCACUCGGUGGCCACCAAUACGAUAGCACCACUGCCACUUCAAUUGACACCACUAAAACCAUCUGCCGGCAAAUCCUCGCAAGGUCCCAGCUUCGAGGAGGCUCUACUAAGUGCCAAGAGCCGCAUGCUGCAGCUGGAGCGGGAGAGCGACCUGCUGGAGCAGAGCUUCCUCAGCUACCUGGAGAAGGCCAAGUCUACGCAGCCCUCCGCUCCGAAGUCCACGGAGGAGUCCUCGAAGAGCCGGCGGAUGCGUUCCAGUUGCCAGCGGGAACGUGACCAGAUGAAUCGCACUCUGGACGGCUUUCGGGACUGGCACCGACGCGUUCGCAAGGAGGAUGCAGUGAGUCUGGCCCAGCUGGAGGAUCUGCAGGGGCAGCGAGUUGUCCCCGGCUCCGUGCUGGACUCCAAGUUGUCCUCGCCGCUGUGGAUGUCGGAACAGGAAGAGCAGGAUAGCUAUCCCUUUACGAAUGCCAUCACCGAGGCGAGGAGCAAGCUGCUGGGCGAGAUCAUGCCGGCCAGGAGGACGGCGGCGGAGGAGGAGGUGGAGGGUCAGGGGAAUUGGCUGCCGGAUUUGCCACCGGCGAACCCAGAAGUCCUCAAUCCAAUUAAGCGGAGGAGCAGCAAUGGCGAGAUGAGCCUGCUCCUUCGGCGGGCGAAGGAACCCCUGGGCCGCCUGGAGAUCCCUCAUCCGCUCCUGGACACCAGCAGCAGCAGCAGCUCCACUCUGGAACUGCCCCCCUUGGAGGCGGGCAGAUCGACGAGCUCAAAGCUCCAGCAGUCCAUGGCCAAGAUGCAGUUGCUCUUUGGAGGCGGAGAGCCAGUGAAACCAGUCGUAGUCCCCAUUCCACAAAGGCGCACCACAAGACCUCUGAGUGCACCCACCCCAGGAUCGGAAUUGGGAUCGGGUGGAAUGGGGGAGGGUGUGGUGCUACCACCACGACCCCACACGGCGCCCACAGUCCUCCACGCAAUCAACGAGCAGGAACCAACCAUUCUAAGCCUGGACAGCUCCACAUCCAGCUCCUCACUGAGAUCGGCGGGCGCAGCUUUUGAGGAUCUGGUCACGGGCGCUGUGGUGGCUGGUGGCCAACACCCCCAAUCCAGUCCGGAGGUCUCCUACAGCCAGGCCUUCUGGAAACGCAUGAAUCUGUGA